AUGGAAUUACUGACCACAUCAUUUCAAUGUUUGGCGUUUCUGAUAUAUCUUCGCGUUAGCAUUAGUCAGACAAAUCAGCCAUGCUUGGUUGACCAGUUUAAAAUGCAGGAAAACGUCACAUCAAAUGAUUUCCAAGGCGAAUGGUUUGUCAUAUCAAUAAGAAAUCAAUGGACGGCGCAGAAUGGUCAAGGCUUAAUGGAUUCAGACAUGAGGUUUCGAUAUACGAUAGCCUCCUAUGGAACAAUCAACAUAGAAACAAAUCUCCGGACUGUCUUGAUGGGUUGCAUGCUUCUUGAAGGUAUAGCAGUAUCGGAUCCAUUUUCAAAUAUGACCAAGUUCACGAUUAUUUCAAACAAUCUAGCUUUCAGAAGGCAUAUUUUCGGAAACAACAACUGGAUUUUCCGCACGGAUCACAAAGGAUUCGCAGUCAUGUACUCGUGUGAUUAUGUUCGAGCAGACGGCAUUUGCGACGAAGCAGUUGUGUACACAUUGAACAGAAAUUGGAACGGACACACACAGGAAGAGAUGAGACAUAUCGACGAAACUUUAGCAUCGGUGUGUGUACAUCCAUCUACCCUUGUACCAGUUGUACAAAAUGGCGAAUGUGCUUUCAACAACCAGGUAACUCCGAGAAGGAAUACGUUUCCAGAGGCUGCCAUGUCACAGUGGAUGAAUAUAGCUAGGCAAUGGAUGAACACUAUGGGUGGAUUCGGAAUGUGA